CUUGAAGGACGACGACAGACCAAGGAGAGUUUCUCAAAGUGGCCCUAGAAAAUCUUUGGGCAGCUGGUGACGUAGCAUUGAGGGGUGGGGUGCGGCGCGGUAAUCCGCCUCUUAACUACUGCGGACAGACAGGACGCGGAUCUGGCCUCAGAGGACAAUGCGCCAUUAUCUCGUCCCUCCCCCACUCCAACCAUUCCAGGCUCUUACGCCGCUUUUCCCGCCCCGCGCGCGCUCCCUCUAACCACCCCCACAUUCUCUAGCACGCGCAUACGCGCGCACAACGGUUGGGGAAGGGUGAGGAGGGAGCUGUGGUUUCCUGGGCAGCAGCUCCUCCCUCUCCCGGGACUCUGGUGGCGCGGUUGCAUCAGAAGGCAUUUCCCACACCAAACAUCCCACCAUCAGUCGACCCAUUAGUAUGCAGCUGGGAGGCAGCGUUAGGAAAAACUUUGGAGAAUGUGUGACCCAUUUCAAUGAACAAAGGAUUUGUUUAUUACCAGGGAGACCGCAAGCCACUUCGAGAAGCACUGCAGUGCGAUGGUGCAGCUUCUAAAAUGGCGGACGUGGUGUUGGCAAGGGCGGAGGGAGGGAGGCAGGAGACAGAGCCAGGGAGGACCCAGAAAAAGAGCUCGUGGGGGAGCGCGAGAGCGUCAGCUCUAGGAGGCACUUCCCUUUCGUCUCGGUGGUAGCGAGUGAAGGGCGUGCGGCUCGGGCUCGUCAUCAUGGCAACUGAGACAGAGGCCGGGGAACCCGGGAAGGGGAAGCCUUUUAAGCUUCUAGGAAUUUUGGAUGUCCAAAAUGUACCCUGUGCACGAGACUCUGUACUCUGCGGUUCAUUAGGAUCUAUUGUAGCUGGCUUUGGACAUUUUUUAUUAACUAGUAGAGUUAGAAGAUCUUGUGACGUUGCAGUAGGAGUAUUUAUUUUGGGAACUUUAGGAUGCUGGUUUCAUUGUAGAUAUAAUUUUGCAAAGCAAAGAAUCCAGCAAAGAAUUAUCCAAGAAGGAAUAAAAAACAAGAUUUUGUUUGAAAGCACCCACCUUGAUCCUGAAAGAAAAGAAAUCAGCACCAAAAGCAGCAAUUCUUAAUCUAGAACACAAGCCUUGAAAUCACGGACCAUGAGCAAGUUGAUCAGCUGUAGAAACGUUAACAGGGACACUUACCAAAAAAACAAACAUGGAAAUUAUUUUUAAAACAUCUACAGCAUGUAAAAAUGGCUAACAUUUCACUCUUCUGUAUUGUAAAUGUCAAACACUUCUGAUUGUGCAACACAGUUCCAAAUUAAUAUCAUGAUGGUAAAAUAAAUGACAAAAUUAGUGUUUGGCACAUUUGAAAUUAUGAUUGUAGGUUAAUUAACUUGCUGUGAUGGAAUAAUAAUCCUUUUACUACAAUA